GGGCGCGGCGGCGCGGCGGGCGGUCUCCUCUCCCCCGGCCCCCGCGCCGGACCCGCACCCGGCCCGGCUGAGCGGGCGACAGGCAACACUCCCCCUUGCCGACUGCGCGCUGCUCCUGGGGGGCGGCGGUGAAGGACCUGCCCGGCGCCCCGCUAUUUAUUUCUUUUUCUCGUCCCCCGCCCACCCCCCCACCCCCCCCCAAGUUCUCCGCCGCUCUUAACUCGCGCCGCAGAGACCCCGCGCCGCGGGCGGGCCAUGGCUGGCGGCGGCGCGGCCGGCCCGGAGGGAGCGCGCUGAGGGCGCCCGGAGCCCCCUUGUCGUCGGGGCGCGGCCGAACCAUGUCGGCCGUCGCCUACGUGGACUUCGUGGCGGCGCAGUGCCUGGUCUCCAUCUCCAACCGCUCUGCCGUGCCCGAGGCGGCGCGGCUGAAGGUGCCGGACGAGGGCGAGGCGGCCCGGGAGCUGCGCGACCCCCGCGACGCCUGGAAGGACUACUGCGCCCUGCUGGCCAUCGCCAAGAGCCUGCUGGAGCUGAACAAGUACCGGCCGCUGCCCGCCCCCUCCGUCUGCAGCGACAGCGUGGAGAGCCCCGACGAGGACGCGGGCUCCGACAGCGACGCGGCCACCGAGUCGGGCUCCAGUCCGCCCCGCACCCCGCCGCCGGGGCCGCCCCCCCGCCUGCGCGCCGCCGGGGCCGCCCCCAAGGGGAAGCUAGCGGCCGAGAAGCGGCACAAGUGCCCCUACAACGGCUGUGGCAAGGUCUACGGCAAGUCCUCCCACCUCAAGGCGCACUACCGUGUGCACACAGGCGAGCGACCGUUCCCCUGCACGUGGCCCGACUGCCUUAAAAAGUUCUCCCGUUCUGACGAGCUCACGCGGCACUACCGAACCCACACCGGUGAGAAACAGUUUCGGUGCCCCCUGUGUGAGAAGCGGUUCAUGCGGAGCGACCACCUGACCAAGCACGCCCGCCGCCACACUGAGUUUCACCCCAGCAUGAUCAAGCGAUCCAAAAAGUCCAGCCCCAGCAGCUCCUUGUAAGGCAGGGGGCUGUGCCAGAGAGGGAGGGCAGCAGGGCUGCGGGGAGGUGAGCUGUGGCCAGGACAUGGUGGUGGUGGCAGCACGAGCAUCCACUGCACUGCUGGUCGUCCUCGCUGUCCGAAAGCACACGCAGCCGAUGUUCAAAACACACACAAACAGGUGCUCCGUGCCCCCCACCUCCUCGUCUCCGAGCUGGGAACAGCAGUCUGGAGCGGGUGGACUAAGUGGUGAGAAGAAGGAACGGGGAUAUCCGGCGAAUAUAAAGCGUCAGUGCUAAUGUACAUACGUCUGACUGGAUGGUCUGGCCUGUGCCACCGCAGUAGUGUGACCCCAAGGUCUUUGUAAUUGCUAUGUCAUGAACAUGUUUUGUUGAACAGUGUAAAACGCUGCUUGUAUUUAGAGUUUGUUGAGUAAAACCACUUUCCGAGUCACAUAGAGAGCUCUCAGAUAAAAACUCCAUAGCACAUUGUAGAAGUGGGUUUACUUCUGUUGCAGAACGAUCCUGCAUUCAAAGAGACUGUCAAGAGAAACAUUGCAUUGUGUUACUGAUAGCAUCUGAUUGAUAUACCGAGAUAAGUUGAAUUUAUAGUGAAGAAGGCCCUGUAAAGUAAAUGGGCCUUUUUAAUUUUUUCUUUAUAUUAACUAUACUUUUGAAUAUAAGCUGCACUUUUCCAGGAAAAACACAGAUAAUUCAAGAAGAUACUUAAGGCAAAAAAACCCCAAACAAACAAACCAAAACCACAACAAAACCCCCACAGCAACUCAGUUGAUUUCUGACCCUACGUGUAUUUAGCUCUGUUAUUUGCUUACCUGGAAGAACAUAAGUCAGCCGAGAUAGUGUUGGUGGGGGCAUGGGAGCAGAACCGUACGCCCCCUAGUUGAUUCUAUACUUUUAAUUUGUCAAUAAAUACAGUACUGUACUAUAGAAAUGUCACUAACAGUGCUUUAUUCUGCUGUGUUUUGUUUGAAUGGAUGCAUAACAGCAGCUACCAUCCUUCUUAUAAACCGCUGCUGCUUUCUUAAAGGCUUUUUCUCUUCCUACACUUGCCUUAAAGAUUUAUUCCCUUCAUACCGUUGCCUGGCUCCCGCAGGAGUUGCGUGUACUUACGUAUGGAGAGAGUAGACCUUUCCUUAAGAGCACUCUGCUAAUGGAAACGGCUGACAGUAUUGUACGGGGCGAGUCAGAAGGGCUCCUGCAUCUGUUGGUCACUGUUUCUGCAGAGUAUGGGGAAAAAUCAUGAGUUAAUGGGAAAUAACAGCACAGAAGGUGUGUUGUUAGCUCCUUACAACAAAAGUUUCUCCUAGUACUUUUGCAUUGUACCACGGCAUGGCACGUCAAACGCUGGUAAAAGCAAUAUUACUUUGAUUCUAAAGCUCUUUUCUUUUGCUCUUUAAGGGGAGCAAAAGGUGGUCAAAGGGAAACUUCAAGUCAUGGUCAUUUGCUGGGUAUUUCUUUCCUUAUUUUUUUAUGUUAAAAAGCAUGAACUGUAACAGAUUACCAGUGGUGGGAUUUGGUGUUUUGGUGGGGUUUUUUUCCCCUCCACAGCUGCAUAAAGUGGGGAAAAUUCUGUUUACACUUUUUUUUUUUCCAGAAACGUUCUUCUCCUGGUUGGUUUUUACCCCUUCCUCCCAAAGAGGAAGGGGAGGUGCAGCCCUACUAUAGAGGCUUAGGGCCAAAUUCAUCUUGUGAGUGACCACACUGAAACCCAAAGUGUUUCCACUGCAGAUGAAUUUAGGUAAUCUUGUAAAAUGCUGUACAUAAAAAAAAGAAACCUUGCUAGUACACCUGCGAUUACAGUAUCUUAUUGUUUUACCUGAGAAAAAGCUUGCUUCCUAGAGAUUAACAUUUAAAAAAAAAUUAACUCAGAGAGUAGAGUGUUUUCUUCUACAGUUGCAUAAGGCUUUCAGCAUUAGAAAUCUGUUUGCAUAUAGUGUUUUUACCUGUGUAGUUCAUGAUAAAUUCCGUCUAUGUGAAGAGAACUGCUUUUAAGGCAUUGGGGAUAUUGAGCAGUCUGUGGAACUAAAAAGGGAUGUGUUUUCUUCAGUGAAGACAUCAGGAAACCAAGCACACUUUCUACCUCUGUUUCAGCUUUUUGAAACAUUUGUUUUAGAAACCAAACCUUCAUUUCUGGUGUCCAAAUCGAGUUGUAGGGACAUACGUUCUUCCUAAUAAACAUAGGUAGCCUCGAGUAUUUCUCGACCUAGAAAUACAGCAAGUGUCCUGCUUACCAGUACUGUCAAUGCUGCCUUGUGGAGUGGGGUCAGGGCCACGUGCAGGCUGGUGGGAUCCAGAGGCGUGUGCACGCUCGUCAUCCUUCUCCUCCUCCUCCAUGGAUUUCACCACGUGGGAUUUCAAGCCCUUCCUGCGGCCCGGGUUGUUGCCAUUUUGUGGGACAAAUGCAGCACUUGGCAGACGAGAGGCCUGAUCCUGUGAAGCAUGAGGCACCCUCAGCACCAACCGCGGCGCAAAGCCACAGCUGAUAAGCGAGCUCCCGAGGCAGCACGGAGACAGCCCGCUCACUUAGCUACCAGGAUUAACCGACAUGUGGAAGUAAAUGGCCAGGUUUGUGGUUUCCACCUCGCGUAUCUGGGGUAGGGUGCGCGUGUAACAAGACGCCGUUGUUCCUGCAACAUCUGACAGAACCAGCAGGCAGGGGGCACCUGGGGACACUGUGGGACGUACAGGCGUGUGUCGCCGUGGUGUGUGUGACAACGGGAUCCUGCUUCUGAAAGAAACCUUCCUAAGCGGUGUAACCCAUUUGGUGUAACGUGCUGUAUGUCAGCGUUGGACAGACGGGAUUGACAACAUUCAUUAACCACUAACAGAAUAUAUUGGGGAUAAUCAAGCCGAGAGAUUUUCGUUUUAUUGUUUAUUGUUUGUUUGGGGUUUCGGUGUUUUUAUUUUAGUAAAAGCAAACAGUGGCUCUGACGCGUAAAACAAACUGCAGGUUAGUUCUUUGCAUCUUGGAAGUUGGGUUUUGAAGAGUGUUGCAAGUGUUGGAAAAGAAAAGGCAAAUCAGAUUCUCUUAAUACCUACAUACUUGUACUAUUUUGGAGAUACGUAAGAGUGCUGAGGUUAGGACAGCUCCUUUUCUCGGUUAAGAAAGCUCAUUGCUGUAGAGAAGUCACGGCUUUAAAGGUAUAGCUGUACAACAUAACUCCUUUUCUGAAUGCUUUGUCACAACCUGUAUGGCAGAUCUCAUUUUCAGUUUGCAGAUGGACUUAGCCCAGCAUCCACCAGACUGGACACACACUUCAAAAUGCUGUUUAACAGACUAGUGAUCUGUAACACUGUAAAAGACCAACUUCCAGCAGUUUAAUGGGUUUUAUUUUUGUACAGUAUUCGUAUCGUUUAUAAGUUAUUUUGCUGUCCUGUUUUGUAAAUCACAUGAAAUUGUUAAAAAAAGAAAAGAAAAAAAAAAGUAGGCGUAGAUGUUUUUGUACAUAUGUACAUAUAUAUUGUUGAA